UACAACCGGUAGUACUUCACACUUUCAUAGUUACGUAAGCACUCCGCUGACGAGAGACUCUCCUAAACAAAUUGAAGCUUUAGCUCGUUUUUUUCAUCAACAUGGAUCCAACAAGCGCUAAAGAGUCCGAGAAGACGUGCGUGUUGUGCUGUCAGGACAUCGACAUCUUUGCUUUGGGUAAAUGUGACCACCCGGUGUGCUACCGCUGCUCCACCAAGAUGAGGGUUCUCUGCGACCAGAAGUACUGCGCCGUCUGCCGCGAGGAGCUCGACAAGGUGGUGUUUGUUAAAAAGCUGAAGACCUUUCAGUCUCUGCCUUAUCAGCAGUUCCCCUGUGAGAAAAAGUAUGACAUAUAUUUCAUUGACGAAAUGACUCACUCUCAGUACAGGCGUCUGCUGCUGUCAGAGUGCGUUCGGUGUCAGGAGCCUAAAGUUUUCUCCAGAUUUGAGGAGCUGGAGCAGCACAUGAGGAAGCAGCACGAGCUGUUCUGCUGCAAGCUAUGCUCGAAACAUCUGAAGAUCUUCUCUUAUGAGCGGAAGUGGUACAAUCGUAAAGAGCUGGCGAGGCACAGAGCACACGGAGACCCGGAUGACACGAGUCAUCGAGGACACCCGCUCUGCAAGUUCUGUGAUGAGCGUUACCUCGAUAACGACGAGCUGCUUAAGCACUUACGCAGGGACCACUAUUUCUGUCAUUUCUGCGACGCAGAUGGCUCACAGGAAUACUACAGUGAUUAUCAGUAUCUAAGCGAGCACUUCAGAGAGAGUCACUACCUGUGCGAGGAAGGACGCUGUGCCACAGAGCAGUUCACCCACGCGUUCCGCACCGAGAUCGACUACAAGGCCCACAAGGCCGCAGCGCACAGCAAGAACCGAGCAGAGGCUCGUCAGAACCGCCAAAUCGACCUGCAGUUUAGCUUCGCUCCCAGGCAGCAGAGGAGGAACGACGGUAUGGUCUCAGGCGAGGACUAUGAGGAAACGCGGCAUAAUCGAGCAGGUCGGGGAAGGCUUCAGAUGGGACAGAAAAGCUGGAGGUACUCCAGAGAACGAGAAGAAGAAGACAGACAGGUGGAAGCAGCUUUAAGAGCAUCAAUGGCGGUGCAGAGACAAGCAGAGCAAGCUGCGGCACAAAGACAAGCGCAAGCAGAGCGAGCUGUAGGACAAAGACAAGCGCAAACAGAACGAGCUCCGGGACAAAGACAUGGAGAGCGAGCCAUGGGACAACGAUAUGGAGAGCGAGCUCCGGGACAAAGACACGCAGAGCGAGCUGCAGCGCAAGAAAGAAUUAAUUCAAAACAGUGCCGAGAAGAAAGGACUGAGAAAGCAGAACCUGAGGAGCCCAGACAACUGACAGGGCAGCAGCAAACAAUGAACAAACCCCCCGUAAAAACGAUGAAAGGCUCUAAUCCAGGAGAUGAGGAUGACUUCCCUGCUCUGGGAGCCGCAGCUAUAGCACCAAUCAUGAAGCCGGGUCCAGCAGCUCCUCCUGCAGCUCUAAAGGAAGAGGAGUUCCCAAGUCUCUCCAGCGCCGUGGUUACGUCCCCCAUGACCCCUGCUUAUUCUGGACAGCCAAAAAAUACUUCCUCCUUUCAGGAGGAGGACUUCCCAGCUCUGGUGCCCAAAGUCCGGCUUGUCAAACCUGCAGCUAGCUCCAGCUCUGCAUGGUCCAACAGCACUGCUGUAGUUAAACCCAGCCCUCAACUUCCUAUGUCCUCCAGAGCUCCCUCUGCUCUCUCAGCUGCUCCCUCAGGGCCUCAGCUCCUCUCGUCAUCAAACUCCUCAUCCUCCCGGAAGAAGAAGAAAGUUGGCGAGAAAGGAAAAGCAGCACCUUCUCAUUCUCCCUCUCUGUCCGAUGAUGACAGCGGGGGUAUGACGCAGCAGGAGUUUCGCUCGGUGCCCACCAUGCUGGACAUCUCCUCCCUGCUCACUGUUAAAGGAGGCAACAGCAAACCCUCUGUGACCUCCACUAAUCCAACUCCCAACAUGGAACCCCCCUCCUCUAAAGCCAGCAAGAAGAAGAAGCAGAAGAACACGGAUGCUCCCACUGCGUCUGCACCAGCAGUUUCAGGAAUGGCCUCAACUGUAAACACGAUCUCAGUGGAAACGGCUGCGCAAAAGGAGAAUGUCCCAGAGAAAACCUGGAGCAAAUCCCUUUCCAGCACCGUCUUGGCAACCAGCAGUUCUGCUGAGCCGACAGCUGCUGUUUGCAGCGAUUCGCCGAGGAUAACUCCACCACCAGGCGUCGCUCCCGCUCCGGCGCCGGAGGAAGACUUCCCUGCCCUCAUGACCAAGAUUCCUCCUCCAGGAUUUAAGACCUCCUUCCCAGUGAAAGCCACGGUAACAAGCUCACCCACUGUCAUGCCCCCACCCCCACCCGGCCUGGGAAGCUCAGGCCCAAAGCCCCCCCCAGGCUUCACAGGAAUCCCCCUGAACAGCAAUGUGGUGGAACCUGCUGUGAGCCUGCCCCCCAAGAUGCCGACGAAUGGUUACUUAGUGCCAGACGACUUCCAGCAGAGAAACUUGGAGCUUAUCAAGUCUAUCAAAAAGUAUCUCCACAACGAUGAGUCAAAGUUCAACCAGUUCAAAAAUUAUUCAGCUCAGUUCAGACAGAGCGUGAUGUCAGCAGCCCAGUACCACCGCAGCUGCAAGGACCUCCUCGGAGACAGCUUCAACAGCAUCUUCAAUGAGCUGCUGGUGCUCCUCCCGGACACUGGGAAGCAGCAGGAGCUCCUGACCGCUCACGUCGACUGCAAGGCGCUGGAGAAACAGUCUGGCGCCGGCGGGGGGAAGAAAAACAAGAACAAGAAGAACGCCUGGCAAACGCCUGCCAUGGCGACCAACUCUGCAGCUGAGCUGGACUGCCAGGUGUGCCCCACCUGCCGACAGGUUCUCGCCCCCAAAGACUUCAACUCCCAUAAGACCCUGCACAUUAAUGAAAGCGAGGAGUUCCCUUCCUUGCAGUCGAUCAGCCGGAUCAUCAGCUAGCCCCUCCCCUCGGGUCUCCUGCUCCGUUUGCCAUAGUGGGGCAACACUUCAGCUGUCCCUGCAGCUCUGUAGCAGCAGCCUCACUGCUGUUUAACCCAGAGGAGCCCGAGAUCUCUUUAAGAAGGAUGUUGGUGUUUUUUCCCUUGGUUGAAGAUGAUGCUGAUUGGUUGGUCUAAAUGGUUUUCCAGCUCGACGCACGUCCCUCCAGGAUGUCUACUGCUGGCACUCUCGCUCGGAGCGUCUCUAAUCGGAUCUCUGAAUCUAAGAAAAACGGAGGAAGUGGUUUUGCGGCCUAACAGGGAAAUCAAAUAUUCUUUUUACUUUGCUUUGGCUUUCACUUAAACAGAACCGCACUUUGUGUUGGUAAGAUAAUUUAAUAGAGCAUGCAUUGCAGCAGUGCUGCGUGGUUAAACAACUAAAACAUGUUCAGUUCCAAUAAUUAGAAGCAUAUUUAUUAGAUUUAGCCGAUUAUUUAGUUUUUGCUGCUUAAUCCAGAACGGUGCAAGGAUAUUGUUCGAUUUUUCUUUUCUUGAUUAUGUGACAGAAGAAAAAAAAGCUGCUUCUGAUGUUGGAACAGAUUUUUGUUCAUGUUUCAAAUGUUAUUUUUUAUCGUAUACACUCAUUCCUAUAAGGUAAACUUAGCAUGUUUGUUGAUAAUCACCAGCACUGGUGUGCGGUAUGAGGUUUCAACAGAAACACAUUCAAUCAUAUGCUUCUUUACAGGAAUGGCUGGGAAACAUGAUUUAGCUCCAGCUUUAACUUAUUGCACGUUUUCUUAUGAUUUGUGAGACUGAAGUAAUAUAACCGCCAUCGAAGCACCUUACAACGUCGACACAAGUGCCAGCGCUUUUUCUUUUUGAGGUCUCUGGUUUUGUUUGGUCCAAAAUCUUCCCAUGUUUUCUAUCUGGAAAUCCCUCACCGGUGCGCUGUUUUCCAUCUACAUCCAAUAAAGCUGCCUGCAUUGUAUCAGUAGUGUUUUUUUAGUCUUUCAGUCAUAUUUUUGCUGUAUCAGACUGAACAAAAACACUAAAUUACAAGAUGAACAAAUCUA